UUCUCAUUCUCUUUUAAAUUUCAAUUCAGUUUUCAGAUUUUACAUUACUGAUCUUCUUCAAUAUUCAUCCAUCUUGUAAAACCGUCAUGGUAAAACUCAGGCAUUCUCGCGACGGACUUCGAAGACCGUCGCUAACGACUUUACAGACACGAAUCCUCAUAUUGGCCGUGGCCUUCACAUUCUUCAUCCUCAUUCUCUUAGCUCUCCGUUUCCCUAAAUUCAACCACCUCAACUCCAUCUCUCGUAGAAACACUCUCAGAAGCGAAGAUGGCGAGGGAGAACUUUGGGUUGAAACCAUAUCGUGGGAACCUAGAGCAUUCUUACAUCAUAAUUUUCUGACGAAGGAGGAAUGUGAACAUAUAAUCCGUAUAGCCAAGCCUAGAAUGAGUAAGUCGUCUGUUGUUGAUAAUGAAACAGGAAAGAGUUUUGACAGCAGUGUACGGACAAGCUCCGGAACUUUUCUCAAGAGAGGACAUGAUAAAAUUGUGAGGAAUAUUGAGAAAAGAAUUGCUGAUUUUACUCAUAUACCAGUAGAGCAUGGCGAACCCCUUCAAGUUCUCCGUUAUAAAGUUGGACAACAGUAUGUACCUCAUAAUGAUUACUUCGCCGAUAAGUUUAAUACUCGGAAUGGGGGUAACCGUAUGGCAACAAUGCUGAUGUACCUUUCAGAUGUUGAGGAAGGGGGUGAGACAGUGUUCCCAAAUGCUAAGGGAGAUGUUAGCUCUGUGCCUUGGUGGAAUGAGCUUUCUGAUUGUGGAAAAGAAGGACUCUCAGUUAAGCCAAAGAUGGGUGAUGCUAUACUUUUUUGGAGCAUGAAGCCUAAUACAACCUUAGAUCCAUUGAGUUUGCACGGUGCUUGUCCUGUAAUCAAGGGUGAUAAGUGGUCAUCUGCCAAAUGGAUGCGGGUCGACGAAUACAGAACCUGAAUAUACAUUAUUGUAGGUUGUUAUCUCUUCUUUGUUGUUGUAUUGAUAUAAAUAUAAAUAUAGAGUUUACAGUUACGGCGACAGAAAAGUGUUAAAUUGGCAAUGUUUUACAUUAUUGAUAGGCAAUGUAAGUACAUAUUUACUAUAAAAGAUUAAGUUCAUAACAGAUUACAAAUUAAUGAUCUUUCACAAGAUGCCC